CCACACAUGGCUCCUACAAUCACUGCAGCAACAGGCCUCUCUCAGGACCACCUCAGCCUCUCUCACAAGCUGAGAAAGCCUGUGGUGGAGAAGCUGCGCAGAGAGAGGAUCAACAGCAGCAUUGAGCAGCUCAAGUCUCUCCUGUGUGCAGAGUUCCUCCAACAGCAGCCAGACUCCAAGCUGGAGAAAGCAGACGUCCUGGAGAUGACCGUCACUGUGCUCACACGUCUGCAGCAGCAGAACAAAACACACUUCCUGUCCCAGAGCCUCAUGAAGAACUCUCAGCAGAGCCACUGCACUGAGCUUCACAACCACAGGGAGGCGCUCUUCUGUCUACAAAGCAGCACCAGCAAAGACAAGAGACCAGAGAACAGUGCUCCCUGGAGGCCAUGGUAG